AUGGCUUGUACGGCAAGGUGCAAAAGAGAGCCGGCCGACAUCCCAAACCCAGCCGCCGCAGCCAAUAUCCAAGUAAUACCCUGGAUAUGUCCUUUCGAUCUCCUUUCGAUCCGCUACAUCGCCAUGACAUCUCUCGAGAGCGCCAUUGGUGGCAUGGAUCAGGAUGAAAUCGUGGCGGCUUUUUCGGACAGCGAGACCCAUGCAGAGGGCAGCGAGACUCUGAAAACGCCAAAUCGGAGCGGCAAAGCCCAGUUCGAUCGCACAUUCCAAUGCAAUGUCGAGGGCUGUGAGAAGAGCUACUCUCGUGCAGGGCAUCUCUAUCGCCACCAACUGAACCGUAUGUUUAUCCUUUUCCCGGAACAUGAUGACACCGAGGACUUACUCAACCUUGUUCCUUGGAGGACCACUCAGUAG